AUGAAUUCCGCUCCAACCCUUGGCCAAUGUCGACUCAUAGCACUGCUACUCGUAGUCUUAUCCCUUCUUACCGCCCCCUUUACCUUUGCUUUCACCCUUCAUCAUUAUCUCUAUUUCAAUGGGCUCUAUUCGAUUGACACCUAUCGUAAAUUUGUGAAAAGACAGAUCUUCAAAGACGACAAGCUGGAAGAUCAAAGGACCAUCUUAAUCACCGGGUCUCGAGGUAUGAAGGCAUUAUCACUGGCAAAGGCUUUUCGCCGUUUGAACCCUCAGCAUCGAGUCAUACUAGCAGAUUCGAAGAACUGGUCCAUCACUUCUCCGUCCCGAUUCUCUACGUCCGUGACUCGCCACUAUUUCUCGCCUUCGAUUGUCAAAAGUCCAGAGGAGUACAAGCGAUUUAUACUAGACCUUAUUCGAUCUGAGCGCGUAGAUCAUUGGAUCCCUUGUUCUUUCGCUUUCAGUACGAUUAUCGAUUGUGAGAUUGCGGAGGAGGUUCGUAACUUACCGGGUGUAAAUUGCUUUUGUUGGACGCCAUUGAAAGAAGUAGCAGAGGAACUUCACGAAAAAGACAGGUUUAUGCCCCUUUGUGCCGAAUAUCGUAUGGACGUCCCUCAUUGCUCACAACCACUCACGUCGGUCAAUGAGGCCAUGUCAUUUCUGUAUCCUGAUCCUCCGUCGAUAUACCCAGUGGGGUCUCUGAGCCAGUCAUGGGUAUAUAUCCUUAAACCCAUUCAAUUUGCCCAUGCGUCCGAACGUACAGAUCUUACCUUGCUACCACGACAAACGGAGGAGGAAACGAAGAGGUACUUAUUACACAAAUUCCAAACCAAGACGGGUGACUCGUGUGAACUCGAUACCAAUGGUCGACCUAAAGCCUUAUAUAUCUUACAACGUUUUAUCAAAGGCCCAGAAUAUUGUACUCAGGCAUCCGUUUAUGAUAAUAAGAUCAGAAGUUUUGUUUGUUGUAAAGGGAGUGAUAUGGUAAUGCGGUACGAGGAUGUUCGUAGACUACCCAAUCAUGAUAAGGUUUCUAUUUUGGCAGAAAAAUGGACCACAACAUUUUUGACUAGAUUGAAACAGUGCAAUUUUCGAUACGAUGGACACUUUAGUAUUGACUUUAUCUAUGAGGAAAGUGAAGGAAGGUUAUACCCCAUUGAAUGUAAUCCACGUGUCCAUACGGCUGUCACUUUGUUCCGCUCAGUAGCCAAUGCGCUAGCGGAGUCUUAUCUCUGCGACAAACACUCUGAGGAGAUCGUACGACCAUCUCUUAACGAGCCAGCUCACCUCUGGAUGGCUCAUUCUCUUCCACUAUCAAUCUUCAACACUUUUCCACCCCUGUUACAACGUUGGCUUGGAUUCUUACAUCCAUAUCUCAGCGAGGAUUACUUCAAAUCUUGCCAUGACGAUCGUUUCGAUCCCAUCACUUUUAGCCCCAAGCCCGAAGAAACGCCAUGGUUCUUGUUUCGCUCGGUCAUGUGGCAACCUACUUACCUCGGGAACCUUGGGAGAUCUAAAAUUUCCUCAGUACCGAACAAACUUUUGACCAACGGCUACUCUACAGCCACUCAGUUGGAUCCUCUGUGGGACCCAGAAUACCAUCCGGAUGAUCUGUUCACUUGGUGGAUCAUGGGUCAUGUUUAUUGGAUCUGGCUUCUCUUUUAUCAGGCCUUUAUACGUAAUGAACCUUGGAAUAGAGUCAAUGUGUCUACCGCUAGGAUUUGGGAGCUUUGA